GUUGAACCUGAGAACGUUUUCGUUUGACGACUUCACGCAGUUUUUGGAAUGGUGCUACCAAACCAAACAUAUGGCCUCAACCUUGGGUUCGUAUUGGAAUGUCCUUGUAUGAGAAGCAAGGCGUGGCCAUCCCCAAGCCUUUCAAUACAAGCUGCCACACAUUAUGAAGGGUACUCACGUUUUAUCGCGACAGACAUUGUGCAGGGUGUGCAAACGACCAAGUCGAAGCGUCCGUUGACGAUCGAGGAGAUGAAGCAUCUAACGAGUCGCAGCGUGGCGCUUAUGAAUGCUGGUUGCACUCAUGCGUCUUUUCUGAUGGCGUGCAACCCGAUGGGUCUGUCGGGAAGCACUGCAUCGAUUCAAUUGAACAGCCAGUCGUGGGAAGAUGACUCCCUGGGGGUCCAAUUCUGUCGGCUCAAGAUGGGUGCGGUCCAACAUGCCGAGGCAUUGCCGUACGAACAUAUUGAAGCUCAACUUGUGCGUGGUGCUUGCAUUGAAUUUGUACCAGGUAAUGCACCCUACAAUGGACCCCGAGCCGCACGAUUGUGCCCUGCCAUAAACCCCGGCGACAACAUUGACCGGUCGUUCGCCAAGUUGGUCCACGCGCUGGUUGCGUUAUACGGUGUCGACAGACUCCGCAAUGUGGCAACACACGCGAUCCGCAAGGGUGCCGUAACGUUCGCAACGUCAGGUUGCACAACGGGACAGUCGAUCGGCAUCUUAACGACUCGCGCCGGGUGGUCCUUACAUACUGUACGUCCGUUCGCGGUCGCGUUCCACUGUGCUGCCAAAACCAGAAGUCGACCUGUCAAACCUCAUAUGGAACGCGAACGCGUAAUCUUAAAUCUGAUUGCCAAUCCGCU